UUGAAGGGAGGCUACUCUAACCUAUGUUUAUGUUUUUUCUUCGCGGGAGUAUUUCGAAACGUGCCCAAUGUCUGCGAUACGAAUUGGAAUGUAUCCAUUGCUAACCGAAUCAGUUCAUGGUCGACUUCGAGAAGCUGGUAUCAAGACGGUUUCUGAUUUAAUUGUAGCGGACAUCGAGACAUUAUCUCAGAGUACAGAAAUACCGUACAAGGAGCUGCUGGCAUUGCGUAGAGUAUUGUUGGCCCAGAAUGCAUCUUUUCCAGUCAGUGGCAAAGAUAUGUAUGAAACCGCCAUGACAUCCAUUUCCAUUCUGACCACGGGCUGUAACAGAGUUGAUAACUUGUUAGAUGGAGGACUAUAUACCGGGGAAGUGACAGAAAUAGCUGGGGAAAUCGCAGCAGGUAAAACACAGUUCUGUAUGACCUGUGCAAGUACAGUGAUUUGUAGAGCAAAACAGAAUGUUUACUAUAUCGACACGUGUGGAGCUCUGUCUGUUGAACGAGUGCUGCAGAUAGCAGAGCAUUCAGGACAGGAAAUACAGGAAUCUACAUUCCAGAGAAUGAGGUGUCAUCAAGCAUUUGACAUCUUCUCCUUGCUGUCAGAACUGGAAAACCUUAGAUGUCAAAUUUUACAACAGACUGAUGGUUUCUAUAGCAACAUGAAGCUACUGGUGGUUGACAACUUAGCAUCAGUCAUUUACCCUGUGUUGGGAGGUCAGCAAAUGGAUGGACAUGGAUUGAUGGUGACGUUGUCCAGAAAGCUAAAACAACUGGCAGUAGACUGUUCUAUAGCUGUCCUGAUCACCAACAAUGUGGUUGGAGGGGACUGGGAUAGGACCAGGUCAGCCGCCCUUGGUAAAACCUGGUCACAUGUCCCACAUACACGAAUCAUCAUCACGACUAACAAUGGACAACGGCAAAUCUCAUUGGUCAAAAGUUCAAAAAUGAAAACGAACUCCAGUGUAAGCUGUGUGAUAACAGAAGCAGGGGUGUGUAACAGUGCAGAUCCUAGUUGAUGACACCAGUCAACACCACAUCAUAGUCUGAACAGAUCAUGGCCACAUAUGUCAUCUCAACCAAGGAUCAACAGAGUACAUGCUGUCCUAGAUCAACAGAGGGUGUUAUCCUGGAUCAACAGAGUAUG